CGAAGGGGAAGAAACCUAGCUAAAAGGACCAAAAGAUUACAAGGUUCCCUUGUUCUGCAAAGCUGAAACUAUUCGAAGCAGAGAGAGAUCACAAGAGUAACAAGGAAGAACAAAGGGGGAAAAUGCAAGGGGGCGAGGAUCUAAGCACCGAAGAGCUCGCAGCGAAUCUCUCCACGUAUAAAGAUCAGCUCCGCGAGGUCAGAAAGGUUUUGAUUGAUGAGCCUGGAAACUCUGAGUAUGCAGAUAUGGAGAAGGAGCUUGAAGAGGUUAUUGCUUUGACGGAGGAGCUUUUGGCAACUGCAAGGCAAACAGAGGCUGCCCAGCUUGGUUUAGAUGUGUCCCUCCAGGGUCUGUUGGAUGGGUCCUCCCAGUCCAAAGUGGAAUCAAGUGAACUUUCCAAAUCUCAUGAGAAGUUUUCUGUUGGCACCAAAGUUCAAGCUGUUUGGAGUGAAGAUGGGGAAUGGUACGAUGCAACAAUUGAGGCUCUUACGCCAAAUGGAUAUUAUGUCUGUUAUGAUGGCUGGGGAAACAGGGAGGAGGUGGAUCCUGCUAAUGUUAGGCCCAUCCAGGAGGGAGUAGUUGAUGCUUUGCUCGAAGCUGAGAGGGAAGCUGAAGCCACCAAACAAGCCAUUAAAAGGAAGAUUGCACAAGCAGCUGUGACUGACUUUCAAGCACGCAGUUUACCUCCUAAACUUCGCAUUGAUCCCAAUGAUGCCGAGGAUGUGAAAGCUGCUAAGCGCAAAAAAAUACAUGCUUUCAAGUCAAAGGUUCGCUUUGAACAACUUGAAGUUGUGCAGAAUAAGCGUCAGAAUGCUUGGCAGCAGUUCCAGACAACGAAGGGGAAAGCUAAGACGAUCGGGUUCUUUUCAGGGAGAAAGCGAGAGAGUAUCUUCAAGUCCCCAGAAGAUCCAAAGGGCAAGGUUGGUGUCACCGGCAGUGGAAAGGGAUUGACCGAGUUCCAAAAGAGGGAGAAGCACUUGCACCUCAAGGGAGCUACCGUGGAUGUAGAGGAGUAGCUCAGAGUCAGUAAGAAUGCCAUCAGUAUUCUCAUCUUCACCAUAAAGAGUGGUGACAUAGGCUGAGUGGGGUUUUAUAUGUAAUCUACUUGGUGCACUCCAUGAUAUUAUACGCAAUUUACCUUGCUUGAUUAUGAGAUCAUGUUAGGUUAGAUCUGUCACUUCUUCCCAUAUACUGCUGCUCUAACAGGGCUUGUUUGGAUGGCCUGCUGCAAAGUUCACAAUAUAUUUCCCGCUUGAUGGAA